UCCCCAAUCUGUGCCUCAUGGAGAAGCCGGCGGUGACCUCCGGGCUAUGCAUGCCGCGGAAUUUCAGUUGCAUCGCCGGUUUGUCAGGGAGCUUGGCCGAGGAGUAUGUCCUGGCCUCGAUGGGAGACGGGGAGAACUGCAAACGCCAGGGUCAGGCCGACAAGCAACGCAGCCGGGACGGAGCCAGCGGCAGCAACAAGACCCUGAGCCCCGGGCAGAGGAGACGGGCCAAGUCCCUGCCGGCUCCCGGGGGCCGAGCGGUCACCGUGCUGACCCGGGCAAGGAGCAAGAAGGUUCGCUUCGCCGACUCGCUGGGUCUGGAGCUGACCACCAUCCGCCACUUUUGCGACGCCGAGGUACCCCAUGUUCCCCAGAGGGUGAUGGCCAGGCUCCGGGAGCAACCCCCCGACCACCUGCUCAGCAACAAAAUGAUGGCCAUGUUUCUAGACAGUCCCACUCGCCUCCUGGAGCCCCUGUUCAGCAACCCGGGCAGCUCGCCUGAGUUCGAGCACAGGCUCCGGCACGACCGCGUUUGCCUGGAGAGCAUCUCCACCGACCAGUUCAGCGUCCUGGGGCUGGUCAGGGUGGUCAACAUCGCCUACGAGAAGCAGGUGACGGUCAGGUACACCCUCAACCAGUGGGACUCCUACAUGGACGUCGCUGCCGCCUACACCGAGCAGUCCGCGGACCGGAGCACGGACACUUUCUCCUUCAAACUGGUGGCCCCCGUCUUCCUAGACACGGGAGGCACCCUCCAGUUCGCCAUCCGCUACUUGGUGGCGGGCCGGGAGUACUGGGACAACAACAAGGGCUCUGACUACCAGGUAAGAAGCCACAAGUUCAAAAUCUCCCCACCUAAAGACUGGGAAAACGGCUGGAUCCACUUCAUUUGAAAAAAAAGGGACAAGAAGACGUUCCUAUCUCUACCAGAGCCUGUACUAUUAAUUUAGCAUGUCAUUUGUGUCCACGAUGAGAGAUGAGGUUGUAAUUUUGUUUCUGUUUCAAGCUCUUCAACUGUUAUCACUUUAAAAGAUGGACAUUAAUUCAGUUCUGUGUUUUUUUAAGAAAAAGGAAAGAACUGUUUUUAUUGGGAAAGUUGGUCACAAUUUUUUAAAGUCAGAAGUUGACUUGAGUUUGUUUUUUUGUUUGGGAAGGGAUUCCUGUGUUUCGCCAGCACUUUUCUGUUUUUUUUAAUUUUUGCUGAUAUUUAUGUGACCAGGUUUUCCUCAGCACCAAUGAGUAACAGGAAACCUAUGCAAAGGGAGGAAAAAUGAGGUCACAUCCAAUCUACAGCCAUAGAUCGAUAGAGAUAGGGGUUAGCUUCUGUUGCAGAAGCCAUCUUAGACGUGGAUAAUAUUUUUAACUCUUUUUUAAUGCACUUUGCAGUUCCAAAGUGGCACUUUCUAUUCAUUAUACAGAGACCAAUGUAGCUCAUUCUCAAAGCAUUAUGAGUAAUAGCAUUUUUAAAGGAAAAAAAAGUGUCUUAGUAAAACAUUUAGUUUUCACUUCCGCAAGCACGCUAUAAGUCACAUCAACACACACCAUGGAGCUAUUUCCUCUAGCCCUUAUCCCUUUCCAGUGACUGGCAGUAUUCCAGAGCAGUGACCUGAUUAACCUUUCAGUAUUGAGAAGGGCACUGUCAAGGAAUUAAAUAUCAUUCUUAGGGCUAAAGGGAUCAGAGGGUUUGGGGAGAAAGUGGGAACAUAGGAGUGAUUUGGAUGAUCAGCCCUGAUCAUAUUGGAUGAUGGAGCAGGCUCGAAGGGCUGAAUGACCGACUCCUACUCCUGUUUUCUAUGUUUCUAUAACAAUGGAGGUCAAAGCAAGUUGAUUAUAAUGACCUUGAGGAAGUUAGGAGAAGGGGAAGUGGUGUCAAAUGUAGAUUUGUUAGAUAAAAUUUUAAAGACUAGUGAAGUAAACAACCAGAGAAGCAAAUUGUAAAAAGAUUACAAUGGAUUCGAUUGUUAACCUAAUACUUUUUCAGUCAGACGACAGGUUUAGAUGUGGUAAAAUAAAAGGUAGGUGUUUUGAUUAGUCCAAGUUCUGGGACAUUUCCAUUUCUAGAAAUGAUAUGGUAAAGAACAUAACAGAUGAUAUUAGGAGUUCCAGAAUGUAAAAAAAAAUCAGCGUACAUAGAAAUUGUGGCCUGUUGCAAUGGUGUCGGUGGGGAAAGAGAACAGAAAACACGAUGCUGUGUACAUUCUUUGAUUAAGAUAUAAAUGUCUUUUCUAUGACUGGUUUUAAUUUAUUCGCUGUUAUAAUAUACAAACCUUCCCUGUAAACAAAUGUUUAAAUUCUAAAGAAAGGGAAACAUUUAAAGGUGUAUCAGUAUUAGUUUAACUCCAGAAGUAAUCUCUUAUUGCAGCAGAUGCUAUAUCUAUUGUCCUGGCUUGUAAAAUGGUCUGUUCCUUGCAACUUCCAUGCAAUGUCACUGUGUCAUUGUACAAACAUAAAGUGCACACUUGUGUGUGAUGAAUCUUCUGGAAAAUGCUGCAUGUUUUAUUUUUAACCCCUAUUUUGUGCUGGAAUGGCCUCAGCAUUGUUUAUACCUUUAUAUGAAAUUUGAUUCUGCCAUUUGUAUGAGGAAAUAACAUCAGAGCUAAAAUAACCAACUAUAUAUUAUACAUGCAUCUGUAGAUGGAGGUGAUUUUCUGAUGCAGUGAUAGUGUCUCUGCCAUCCGACCAGAAGCUCUGGAUUGAAUUCUCACUUAUUGGCCAUUGGAGAUGCUCUCUAGUAUGGUCAAGCAGCUUGAUUAUCAGCCUGUAAGUUCUUCCACUGUGCCUGAUGAUAGCUAGUAAGAGUUGGACAGUUUUCUGAUGAACCAUCCUGCAGAAGGCAAAUUACUGCUAUACUUUGCUGUUAAAUGUGGAGCAAUCCUUGGAGAUGAGGGCAGGAAAAAUGAUAGAAAGAGACUCAAGAAGAUGCACAUAGCAAAUCUAAAAAAAAAACUGCAGUAAGACCAAGUGGAUUUGGCCCGCUAUUGUGAGGAAUCGCUCACCUGCUGUAUUGUCAAUCAUGAAUAUUGUGAGGCUUAGCAAGGUGAUAGUGUGCUGACAGCAUCUUUCAUUUUAUUUUGUAAAUGUGAUAUACCUUUUAAAAUGAAAACAAUAUCCAUGUAGUUGAGAGGCAAAAGCAAAUAAGCUUGGAUAAUGUAUACAGAAAGUGCCGGAAAAGCUUAUCAGAUCUGGCAGCAUCUUUGGAGAGAGAAAAGCAAAAUUAACAAUUUGAAUCAAAUAUGAAGUUUUCCAGCACUAUCUGUUUUUAUUUCAGAUUUCCAGCAUUUACAGUGUUUGCGUUCAUUCAGAUAAGCUUAUUCUCAGUUUGCUUUUAGUGCUGCUCUUCAUUGGUUGUGAAGUAAUGUUGCUAGAUUAGUUCUGCUAGAUUAGUGUGGGUUUGAAUCCUGCCAUGAAAGCUGGUGGAACUUGAAUUCAAUUAAAAUCUGGAAUUUUUAAAAAAUGCUAGUCAAAUGGCACCAUGUAACC